AAGACGCACAAUGUGCAGAAAGACACUUUUUUCCUCCCUCUUUGUCCUCAGGGAGAAAAACCACAGGCAUGCCACCCACAUCCAUAAAUAGACAGUGGCAAAGCUGACCUCGUGGUUUUGGUGAGGUUAUCAGUACACAGACAGACCAGCUCAGACAUUAUAUAGACAAAAACACAGAUUCACUCCAACAGACAUACACCCGUGUACUGUACACUCACAUACAUAAACACACACCCAUUUCCUGUAAAGACUACUCAGACCAGUGCUCAUCUUUUCUCUCGUGACUACAUAAAAUUUCCCUCCCCCACAAAUGCGCAUGCACGUGCACACAGACAUACAGGGCUGUGAGGGAUUUACAGAACUGGGUCUUGAGCAUAAAAACAAACCUACUCAUGCUCAGGAAAUUGGUAAUGCCUUAGGGUAGAGAGGGAGAGACAGAAGGGAAGAGGGAGAGACCGGCAUAGCCAGCGAACUCCCUCCACGGUCUUUUCAAAAGGCAGAUGAUCGACCAAAGUGUGCACGCAGCAGGCUUCCAGCACAGCCUCUCAGCAACGCCAAGGCUCGUCCAACCGUGAUUUUAUUAUCAGCAGGAUCGAGACUUCAGCUAGGGGUUCCAUUGUUUACAGUGAGCUGUGCAAUCAAUGACGUGGGUAAAGAAGAGGAGUUAAAAAAAUCAGGAGAGAUUUUUUUAGUUGAGGGGGGUAAAUACUGGACAAAGACAGAACAUAGAGGACAAAGAAAGCUAGUACAAGGUAACCAUGCACAAAGGAGGAUACCAGCGGAGACAUUUUUUCCUGUUUAUGCUGGCUUUGCCAGUUAUGCUGGAAGACCUCAGAGUCCAGGGCUGUCAGAGUGGCAGAGGGUCAGAAUGCGAGAAAGCUCCUUUUGUCCCAGGCCACAAUCUGGCCGGAGAAGGCUUUGAUGUGGUGCGGAUGCGUCGAACAGGAGCAUAUGUCAUCAAUGUCAAAGCCCACCUGGCUGAUAAUGACACCUGCACACUGUGUCCGAACCGAUUCCAACAAGGAGAGAUUCAGAGACUUCCAGCUUCAGUGCUUGACUGGCGACCCUUCAGCCGCUGCAGUAAGCAGCUUUCCAGUGCACUUCACCAUUCUGUGGAUUCCCUGCUGCGCAGCUCCAACUCACUGGUUAACAACAACUGGGAUUUGGGUUUGAGCCUUGAUAAUAUUGGAAAGGCAGUGCUGGGAGGAAGCCACUCAGAUUUGGCAAAGUUUGCACGUUCGCAGCACAGUGUGGACAAAGCCACUUUUGCCAUUCAUGAAAUCAGUUGCACCUACUACAGCUACAGGCUGGCUGAUCAUCCACAGCUGAGUGCAGCGUUCACAAAGCAUCUAAAGAGACUCCCACGGAGUUUAAACACAAGCCAGAACAGAGCCCUAUACAGACGACUGAUAGACACUUAUGGGACACACUAUAUACACCAGGUCCAGCUAGGUGGUAAGGUGAGGCGGAUCACUGCCUUCAGGACCUGCCUGGCCACCCUGAAGGGCUUUUCUGAGUCUGAGAUCAAAACAUGCCUGAAUGUUGAACUCCGUAUGGCUCUGGGUUUCCUCCCUGCCAAUGCAUCUUUCUCCAACAGGUGCGACAGCCUCCUUAAGGGCAACAUGAGCAUGGGCUUUUACCAAGGCUUCAUGACCCACAAGAUUGAGGUUACUGGAGGGGAGAGGUACUUCCCUGACAUCCUCUACCAACAGGACCCAUCUGAAGCGUACCACAGCUGGAUGAACAGCCUUCAUGACAACCCCGAUGUGGUUUCUUAUGCCAUCUUCCCUCUGCAUCAAUUGGUGGAAGAUUCACAAAUCAGUGCUAAUCUGAGAAUCGUUGUCUCAGAGUACAUCAAAGAGAACCAGCUGAAGGAGGACCAACUUGGUUUCAAGAACUGCUCCCCAACUCCCAACCUGGACCAUAACUGUUGCCCUUUAAGGACUGGGAGAGGAACUCUCCGACUAGAGAUUCACAGAGCUGCGGGCCUGAAGGCAGACACCUUCACAAAAACAGAUGCCUACGUAAAGAUCUUCUACAGCGGCAUAUAUGAAGAGACUGAAACUGUGAUGGAUGACAAUAACCCAGUAUGGAAUGCCACAUAUGACUUUGGCUCAGUGGAACUGGGUCAGGAGUUGAGGCUUGAAGUCUGGGAUAGGGAUGUGCUUUACAAUGAUAUUGCAGGAAAGUGUGUUCUGCGUCCUGAGCGAGGAACUCAUUCUUUAAGCUGUCAGCUGCGCAAGGGAGUUCUCUAUUUUACCUACACAAUCAAAUGUGAUGCUCACUUGACAGGGUACAGGUGUGGACGAUACUCCCCCAAUGCUGAGUAGAUUAGUUCUGGGUAUACAGUACAGUGCAAAAGUCUUGAGCCACCCCUCAAUUCUUUUUUUUCUUUGUUUUGCUCCAAAAACAGGAAAUAGGUGGAGCAAUUUAUUAAAACAUGCAAACAUCCAUGGAUAUUUCUUUGGAUGUUGCAUGCCUUUUGUUACAUUCUCUUUCAAGAUGAUCCUACACUGCUUCAAUGUUGAGGUCCGGGCUCCAUUGUGUGCUUUUCUAUCCAGGUACACUUUUACUGCAUUACUGUGUCUGAGAUCACUGUCAUGAAAAAUGAAAUUGCUGCCAAUCAGAUCCUUUCCAGGUGGUAACACAUAGUGGAUAAAAACCUGAUGGUACUUUACCAUGUUUGUACUGCUAUAAAUUUUGACAAGAUCCCCAACAUUACUGGCAGCCCCAAACCAUGACCAGCCUCCACCGUGUUUUACCGAUGGCUUUACCUCUCUUGACCUCCUACCUAGAUUGACCAUCAAUUUUCGCUCCAGUUCUUGUCUUGUGCAUGACAAAAACAUGCUGUGGAAGAGAGCCAGAGGUUAAUAAUAACUAAUGAUUAAAUGCAGAGUGGUGUCUAAACAGAGUAAAAACAAGUGAAUGAAAAAGAAACAAUCAGUGCAUCAUGGGAAC